AUGGCUCAAUUUCUUUCAAGACUCAGCGCCUCCAAAUGCACAAUGUGGUCAGACGUGGUACUUUUUGCACAACCCUGCUUGUUUGGCGUGUUGGGGAUUUGCCUGCCUCUAAAUCGUCAACGUCCCGAUUAUUAUCACCCUGAUCAGUCUUCCUUCAGACGAUAUUGUACCGAGACGAACGGGAUCGACCAUGCAGGAGCAUUGGAAAUCUCCUCCCCACAUCAGAAUUGGCUGUGGAUGAUUGAUCACCCACUUCACCUCGGCCCAGCCGGGCCAGGCCUCAAGGCUCAGGGAACCAGCCGACAGGGUUUUCGGAGAUCGCAGGCACGAAGGUUUUCGGGCAAGGCUACUGCACCUAUUCGCAAAGAUGCAUUCAUCACCACGGGUUGCUGGCAAAGGGCAGAAUAUCGCUGA